GUGCUCUUGGGCCGCUCUCCGGCCAGGGGCCUGGGCGCUGCUGUGUUCCUGUGUCCCAGGUCUAAUCGGGUUCUUCUUUUCCCUCAGCGCAGGUGGGCCCGCCACCAGGAUGCAGAUCUUCGUGAAAACCCUUACGGGGAAGACCAUCACGCUCGAGGUUGAACCCUCGGAUACAAUAGAAAAUGUAAAAGCCAAGAUCCAGGAUAAGGAAGGAAUUCCUCCUGAUCAGCAAAGACUGAUCUUUGCUGGCAAGCAACUGGAAGAUGGACGGACUUUAUCUGACUACAACAUUCAAAAGGAGUCUACUCUUCACCUUGUGUUGAGACUUCGUGGGGGUGCCAAGAAAAGGAAGAAGAAGUCUUACACCACUCCCAAGAAGAAUAAGCAUAAGAGGAAGAAGGUUAAGCUGGCUGUCCUGAAGUACUAUAAGGUGGACGAGAAUGGCAAGAUCAGUCGGCUGCGCCGUGAGUGCCCUUCGGAUGAAUGUGGUGCUGGCGUGUUCAUGGCCAGCCACUUCGACAGACAUUACUGUGGCAAAUGCUGUCUGACUUACUGCUUCAACAAACCAGAAGACAAGUAACUGUAUAGGAGGAGUUAAUAAAAGACGUUAACAUAC